AUGACCUUGUCUGCGCGGGUUAAAACCCGCAUCUGCAUGAUCUCCGAUACCCACACGAAUGUCCCUCUCCCCGCCAUCAACAAGGACCAUGCGUUCCGAGACCCGCUUCCAAAAUCAGACGUCCUUCUCCAUGCCGGCGAUCUUACCAAAGUAGGCUACAAGGUCGAGUACGAGCAGACGAUCUCGAUGCUCAAAGCUGCCAACGCCGAACUGAAACUUGUCAUCGCCGGCAAUCACGACCUCACCCUCGACGAGGAAUACUUCACGACAUUCGGCUACAGACGGCAUCGUAAGCCCAUUCGCCUCGGUGUCCAACCACCAGUCCAACCACCAGUCCUAGGCGAUGACGGAGAGUCCAUCAUGCAAACGAAUCGCACUGGCGCCAUUCCUGCCCUCGAAGACAUGAAAGCCUACGUCCGCAGCGUCAAGGACCUUUGGACCAACCAGUCGGCCCGUGAUGCCGGAAUCCGCUACCUCGAAGAAGGCGUACACUCCUUCACUCUAUCCAAUGGCGCAAAGCUCACCGUCUAUGCCUCGCCGUAUCAACCAGAGUUCUGUCGCUGGGCUUUUGGAUACCCCCGCUCCGAAGACCGCUACAAUCCUCCCUUCCCAGGCAGCAGCGCAGCCCCACCUGCCAACCCGGUCCCUGACCACCCCAACAUCGAUGUAAUGCUCACACACGGUCCACCAGCUGGGAUCCUCGAUCUGGUGGGCCAAGGGACAACUGUUGAUCGCCUUGGUGCCUCGAGAGAAAGUCAUGUGGGCUGUACACAUCUUCUUCGUGCUGCUGAACGUGCCCGUCCCCGCAUCUACCUCUUCGGACAUAUCCAUGAAGCCUGGGGCGCCGUACGCGGCGAGUGGAAUUCCUUUGCCGAUGGUGGCGUCAAACAGACGCGUAUCGUGAAAAGUAAAGAAGAGAUGCUAGAAAAGCAGGGCGCAUUUUACGAUAUGAGCUCCGAAAGUGGCGAGAAGCCGCUUGAGUUCGGAAAAGAGACCCUUUUCGUGAAUGCUAGCAUUUGUACUCUCUCUUAUCAGCCAGACAAUGCACCCUGGGUUGUUGACUUGGAUCUCCCCUUGGCAGAUACUGAAGAUCAGUCUGGGAAGCAGGCACAAGACAAGGCUCCGAAUGAGACGAAGUAG